AGAGUCUGGUAUAAUCCUCGACCGGAGCCUGCUGGUCCGCUACCACUUCGACCGGAAGGAGUUACUGAAAGAGAUGGUGGAGAGAGAAGAUCGAAACACGAUGCCUGCGAGCGCUCAUUUUCGCUUAGGCAAUGAACCGCAACUUGUCUGGUUUUAUUGUCAUGGGUGCUACAGUUUCCAGCACGAUCACUACUUCCGAAUCGGGAUCUUGGUUACUACAUUUUCCAACCCCAGAAUUACGGGCAUGAAUAUCCGACAGUUGGAAAAGCGUGGAUUCAAGCCCCACGCCGUGGUCUUCGACGACGCGAGCUUAUCCAGGGAUCCGGAGUUGUUCCGUGCGCUUUCGAUUCUGUCCAGCGUGAACAGGGUCCUUCUGCUGGAGGACUACAAAUAGCUCUGCCCUCCAGUCUUCACCGAUGAGGGCCAGAUGAUGUGGACUGUCU